GUAUAAAUACAGACUCCCCGUCUCCAGAACCUUAACCUCAUCCUCGGCGCGGAACCGAAUCAAUCAGCCCCUCGCCUCAAGCCUCCAACCACCGCCGGCAGAUCCCCAAUCCCGCCCUCCCGACCCCCCGAACCCGAGCGAGUUCGAGCGAUGGAGGCAGCAGCCGCAGCCGCCGUGGCGCUCAGGUCGCCGGCCGCCGCCGGAGCCGCGCCCUCGCGCCGGGUCGCCGCCGCCGCCAGCUCGCUCCCCUUCGAGCGGAGGCGCAGCUUCGCCCUCGGCUCCAUCAAGGGCCUCGGGCGGCGGCAGCGCACUUCCAGAAGGCUGCGCGGCGUGAUCAGGGCAUCCUCCUCGUCCCCGUCGGAGUCUCUGCCAUCUUCUUCGCCGAUCGCGCCGCUGCAAAUGGAGUCGCCGAUAGGGCAGUUCCUCUCGCAGAUUUUGGUCACGCACCCUCACCUGCUCCCCGCUGCCGCCGAGCAGCAGCUCGAGCAGCUCCAGACCGUCCAAGACUCUGCAGACAAGAAAGACGCGCAGGCACCGCCGGCAGCCGGCGACAUCGUGCUGUACAGGCGAAUUGCCGAGGUUAAGGAGAAGGAAAGGAAAAGGACCAUGGAGGAGAUACUGUACGCGCUGGUUGUUCAGAAGUUUGUUGAAGCUGGCGUCUCCUUGGUCCCAGCUCUGUCUCACUCCAUCGAUGCUUCUUCUGGUAGAGUUGAUCAGUGGGCAGAGCAUGUGGAAGGGAAGCUCGAGCGUUUGCACUCACACGAGGCAUAUGAAAUGAUCGAGAACCACUUGAAUCUCAUAUUGGGGCAGCGGCAAGCUGAUGGCACUGUCGCAGCCAUAAGCAAGCUCCGAGUUGGCCAGGUCUAUGCCGCAUCAGUGAUGUAUGGCUACUUCCUCAAGAGAGUUGAUAAGAGGUUUCAGCUCGAGAAGUCGAUGAAGAGCCUCCCUUGGGGAUCAGAAGACGACGCGCUCAAUCAAGUUAUGACAACCGACUCACGGCCCUCAGAUCAGACGUACAGUUCUCAUCCAGAGGUGGAGUCAUGGACUUCCCCUGACCUCAGCGCAGGAGGUCUCGGCCAGUCCGUCAAGCCUUCCCGUCUUCGAUCGUAUGUCAUGUCAUUUGAUUCAGACACGUUACAAACUUACGCGACAAUCCGGUCGAAGGUGGCAUUUGGCAUCAUCGAGAAGCACACGGAGGCGCUAUUCGGGAAGCCGGAGAUCGUGAUCACCCCGGAAGGAACAGUCGACUCUUCCAAGGAUGAGUAUGUCAGGAUAAGCUUCUCCGGUUUGAGAAGGCUGAUCUUAGAGGCUGUCACUUUCGGAUCCUUCCUCUGGGACGUCGAGAGCUAUGUGGACUCCAGGUACCAUUUUGUCACCAACUAAUUGGAUCCAGAUAGGGUAGAUUCAUGGCAUGUAUGAUAUUUGGUCUGAAGUUCAUGGGCUGCACUGAAGACUAUUGUACAAUUACCCCGUGCUGAUGCUCAGGAACGUAUGAUUCUGGCAUCAGGUCAUUGUAAAGAGGAAGUGUCAUUAGCAUUGUAUCUAGCUACUAAGCUUUGUUAGCAUUUGCUCUGGUUGGAGUGUUCCUCCUCACGAUAUUGAAUUUGGGGAGUCCUAGCUGAACCUAUUCAAGAUAUUGUAUGUUUUGAGAUUUGUUA